AUGGAUCAAAAUAAUCAAGACACAAAUAAUAUUCUAUGGAAUGGUGCAGGUGGUGGUUAUCCCGAUGGAGGAAGUCGAAAACGAGGGGGAAAUGGUUUAUUAUCUAAAAUUCCAAGUUUAUUUUUUCCAGCUAUUAUUUUGCUGGGAUUUUCAUGGGUGUUGCAUACCCUAGCCACGUUUAUUCCCUAUUGGUCAACAUUCCGUGGUGUCAGUCAUUCAAGAGCAGGUUUAUGGAGUGCUCGAGCAAACAGUACGAUGAUACAAAAUUUUUAUUUUCCCCCUGCUUCACCUCAAAUUCAAAAUUUGAUAAAGUACUCAUUUACUAGUGCAUCAACAAAAGCCUAUAUUGUUACUGUUCAGUUUUUGAUGACAUUCAAUUUCGUCUUUAUGUUGAUUGUUCUGGUAUUGCUAUUCAUGGAUCUGAUAUUUUAUGAACGAAUGGGUCGUGACAGCUUUUUACAAGGUGAACAAAAUUCAUCUGAGACAACACUAAAAUAUGGGCUCUUAUUGUAUAUUAUCUAUGUUUUUGGUGUCUUUGAAUGGGCUGCGUGGAUCACCUACGUUGGUUCUCGCCACGAUAAUCGAUGGCAUAUGCAUGUGUCAUUUGCAUUUACUGUCAUCGUUUCCAUAUUUCUAAUUGUACUUAUUUUCAUGUUCAUUAUUGAAUUUCUUAAAAGAUUUACAUUAAAUCGUAAAAACUGGACAAAUUGGUAUGGACAAUGGACAGAAUGGGGUCUUUUCAUAUUUCUGACAGCUCUUCUAUUCCUGUUAAUUGCCAUUUGUUGUCCAGAAUGGGCUUAUGCUCGUAGUAAUUCUCAUCAUACAUUUGCUGAAGGAGGAUUAUUUAAACAAUGCAACAUGACAACUGUUUACAAAAGAAAGCCAAGUCCAACAACUCAGUGCACUCUAUCUAAUAGUUCCAGCAAUCGAUCAUGGAUCAAUACUGCACAAGCUUUUUUCUUAAUAGCUUAUAUCGUUGGUAUUCUGCUACUUAUUGCAAUGGUUAUAUUUCGAAAAUCAUUUCAACAUGAUGAAACCGGUUAUCGUACAGCAGUAGAAGAAAGAUUUAAAGUUCCUCAGCCCCUCUUCAGUUAUAUUGUCGCUGGAAUUAUGAUCGGGAUUUGUUUUUUGUUUUCAUUAAUUGGUGUAUCGGUAUUUGGCAGUUUUAUAUUUGAUAAAACAGGCUAUCGUGCAAAUUGGGCAUUUUUAAUAGUCAUCUUUGCCAUGAUACUAUUUCUUAUCGCUGGAAUUAUGUUUAUUUUAGAUGCUGUACACAGCUAUAGACAAGCGCUAAAUUCAGCCUCUGGUAUAGAAAAAUUUUUUUUUCCUGCUCCUUUGAACCAACGUGUUCAGUCCAUGGCUCCGCUGAUUCCACCUCAAUUCCCACCAACAAUGAUGGGACCGUCUACUACUCCCGGGUUAACCAUACCGAAUGGCUCAACAAAUGUUGCUUCAUCUGGUUUCCCUCAAUUCAAUGAUGCAGGCUCUCGUUCGUUUCAGUUGCUACCGGUUAAUAAUACAGGUGCCGCUCCCGUCACUCAGGCACCAUUUGGCAAUUAUUUCAACGGAGGAGCCGAUUUUGGUCCAAAUGCUCAUCUGGACGAAUAUCAAUCAAAUAAUCAACCAGUACCGAAUGACUAUACAUAUCCAAAAACAGGAGGUGGUAAUGCAUAUCCACAAGCAAACGGUGAUAAUGCAUAUCCACAUACUGGUGGCAAUGCAUAUCCACAAGCAAACGGUGAUAAUGCAUAUCCACAUACUGGUGGCAAUGCAUAUCCACAAGCAAACGGUGAUAAUGCAUAUCCACAUACUGGUGGCAAUGCAUAUCCACAAGCAGAUGGUGGUAAUGCAUAUCCACAUACAGAAGGUGACAAUGCACAUUCAUAUACAGAUGGCAGUGCAUAUCCACAAACAGAUGGCGGCAAUGCAUUGCCUAAUAAUUCCUCUAGGGGUUUUGGACCACCGGUUCCAUUUACAUCGACGAAAAAAGGAAAUGUUCGUGAAACGGUUCCCGUCAUUGAGCUUCUUCGUCGUCAUUUUGUCCAACAACAGCGUCUUAAUUAUAAUCAUGAACGACUACUUGAACGGUUUCAACAAAUGAAAACCCCAUUACCGUCCGAGUUUCGUACGUAUGGCGUGUCAACAUUACCAGGACGAAAUUAUGAUCGAUGGAUAAACACCAAUCGUUUAUCUCAAUUAUCGCGACCACCGUCGGGAACAUCGUCAGAGACAUAUCGUUAUCUUGGUGAGGCAGGAGGACCGGCAUGGGCAAAUGAACCAUUUUACGGUGAGCAAGAAGGAAGUGCAAAUAGCGGAUUUGGAAGAUAUACAAGAAAUGUAAGUUCCAUAAUGCAAAAUCGGGCUCAGGACUCACAGACGGUCGGCUCAUAUCAACCUGCUGAUAUUCAUGAUGAAUCGUCUGGAUCCAUACCGAAUUAUAUUAGACCAGUGUUUAGUCAAAAGAAAUCUAAUUUGGAUGAUAAUGAUCAAUCAGAUGAGGAAAAAUCAAAUGAAACCCGGAGUCCUCCGCCAGGUGUUAAAAAAGGCUACAUUUCAUAUCCGGCUUGGAAGCGAAAAUAUCAAGAUGUUAUACCAGUAAAUCCAUUUUUAUACAAUGUACGAACUAGUCGACCAAAUAGUACAUAUAAUUUGUACAACGGGUCUCACGGGUUAUCAACAGCAACUCCCACAUACGAAGGUCGAAAUGCUAGUUCUGUAUCAAUUGAUUCAACAUCAACAGAAGUACAAAAAUUAACAAAGAAUCAACCAUAUCAUCAUUUACAGCAAUCCGAUGCAGAAAAUGGACAAACAAAAGUUGAUGAUACACAUAAGCCAUAUAGACGUGAUACAUUAGAAUUAAUUGAAUCAGCACGUGAUAACGGUCCAAUAGUCGACAGUCCACCUGAUUCACCCAUUCGAAAUAGACGCAAAGGAAGUGAUAGUCAAAGUAUUAAUUUUAAUAAACUAAGCCCAACAGUCACUACACACUCACGAACUGAUCCAGUAUUUCCACGGACACAACCUGUAUCUUCGAAAACUAACCCAACUUCUUCCCAAACCCCAUCGGUGUCGACGCAAAAACCCAAUCUAGCAGUAGCUGAGUCAGAUCAAAGCUCGAUUAAGGACACAGCAGACAACAUAGCGCUCACAGCAAACACAAGUGAUGAGUUUCUAUCGACUCCCAAAUCUACGAUACCAAAUGCGCCACCUCUACCGUCGAAAGGCUCUGAUGACAUUUCAAUCAAACUUGUUCUACGAUGUCUCGUCUAUGAUCUCCAGCUGGGUACAAAGAAGGACCACAACGUUAAUACCAAUGUGAAUCGAGCGAAGAAACGAUGCUCUCUUUGUCCAGCAAAACCUGGACGUAAGCACUUUCAAUCAAAUUUUCAACAUCCAUCAAGAAGAAAAACACAACGUAUCAAAUUUGCAACUGGUUUGAAUACAAUAGGCCUAAUUUGUUUAUAUAUAUUUUUACUGUUAUGCAUUAUUAUUGGUGGAGACUCUGUUGCGUCGAGUCAACCAUGGAAAAUAGUUGGUAUUGUUCUGAGUGCUAUAACAUGUGUGAUUGGAAUAAUACUGAUUUCUUUGACCAUCUUUAAACAGUCGAGAAAUACAAAAUGGGAUAAUAAAAAAACAGAAUAUUUAAUUGAAAGCGAAGCAACCGUUAUCGAAGACAUGGAUGACUAUGAAACACCGAGGUCGAUGAAACGAAGUAAAAGCAUGAUUGCUCAACAUGAACGAAAUGAAAUCCAUGAGAAUCAUGUCAACCAUGUCAACACUAUUUCACGAUCAGCCACACAACCACCACGAUCAGCCACACAACCACCACGGUCGUCUUCAUCAAUAACCCAUGAAGAACAUCAUCAUAAUCCUAAUCUCAUAUUUUGCCCUGGAUGUAAUCGUCAUCAUCCUGUUGAACAUCAAUGUAUGUACUCAACCAUGAAUCGUUUUGGUCACCCUCCAUCACCACAAAAAUCAUAUAAUAAACAAGAAACAAUCGGUGUACAAACCGGUGUUGAUGAUAAACCAAAAGCUGAACUAAUAAAACCUCGACCAAAAACUAAGAUUGAAAAAGCCACAAUGUCUACCACAACCGAAACACAAACAAUUGUCACUACCAGCCCAGCUUCAAAUAUUACAGAAAGCAUAAUACUUAGACGAGUACCCAUACCAACAGCUAAAGUAGUCGUUCAACAACCAACAACUAAAGUAAUGAUCGUUAAAGUACCAAAUGUGGCUGGACAAUUAAUUAUGCAAAAUAACAACAAUAAUAAGUCACAAGAAUCAAAUACAUAA